CGACACGACACACGAAAACAUGCACAAUGGAAGGAAGCCCACAAGAAGAUGGCGGCAGGAGUGGAAGUGGCGCGGCAGUGGUGGUGGCAGUGGACGGAUUGGCGGUGCUACGAUCACUGGGCGAGACAGAGACGGCAGCACAGUUGUUUGCGCGCGGUCGGCGGGUGCCUGCACUGCGGCUGCCUUUCCUGUUGGCGACAGGGCAGCAGCACAGGAGGAGCGUCGCCGUGUGUUCGUGGAUUGAUGUCAUUGUACAGAACACAUAUUCCCGCACAAGCUUGCUCGCCGUGCUUCUUGCUGCCAACCUUGGCGAUUCGCAAGGAAGCCCGCCGUCACCGGAAUCGUCAUCAACACGGCAGCGACAGCAGCAUCGCCAGAGACCGCCGCCACCAGGAGCCCUCAUCAUCCAAACGCGGGGCCACCUCGACGCAGCGACCAUUGCCGAAGUGCUACAUCGUGAAAGUCCAGAGCUGCUACAGUGGAGCACCGCCACUCGGGGUGGCGACGGCGGGGACCAGCCUGUCGACCAUCAGCAGCGUGAGGAGAUGGUGAGCGCGGCGCUCGAGCGGAUCCACGUCGUCGACUGCGCCGACAUCCACCAGCUCAUCGGGGCAAUUGAGGGCCUUUGGGCUGUGCUGGACAUGUAUCCUGACGUCGGCAUCGUUGUGAUUGAGGAACUGGAUGCGUUCUACUGGCAAUGCCGCAGCAUGCAUGGCACGCAGGGCACGCAGCAGCUCAUCGCCCACCUCAUGCGCCGCAUCGCUGCUGCCCAGCGGGACUUUGGUUGCGGCAUCAUCUGCGGUCGCACAUCGGAAGCGCAGCGGUUUCUUCGUGACGAUCCCCGCUCGCAUAUUGUCACGCCUGCAGCAACAGCGCCAUCCUCGUCCCGCGGACGCCAGCGCGAUGGAUAUCAGCAGCGUCGCCACCAACAACAGCUGCUGGCACACUGGCUGGAUGGAGGGCUCCUGGUGAAGUCAAAGGAAACGGGCCGAGCACAAGUGGUGGAUCCGCCACCUUGGCUCACGCGGGCAUCUCAAUAGCUGUGUGUGUGCGUGUGUGUGUGUGUGUGUGUGUGU